UAUAGGUGAUGAACAAAGCCAAGCACGUGCUUCCUCUUCAUUUGGUGGAAGCCAGAGCGAGAGAACUUACUUUCCAGCCAAGCCACAAGUCACACACUCGCUUCUCUGUAUUGCAAGCUGAGCUGCGCAUAGUUCUCUUCUCUUGUAUUCGAAAACUUGCAGAACCCCAAAAUCUCAUUUUGUGCUCUGACUCUGUGCUUCCUUUUUCUUUUGUCGUUUCUUUCACGAAAGCUUUGACCUUUGGUCGGUAAAUUUUUUUUUCUAGCCGUUAAGGGAUGACGACCAUACAUAAAUGUCAAAGCAGUUGAAAAGUUCAUAGCUUGAGCUCUCUCAAUCCCAAUAAAAAUCAACCGUUUCGUUUCAUUGGGUUAGCAAAUGCACCUGCUUUCUUCUUGAUUCUGGAAGAAAGAUUGUAGAUUGACGAACCGGGUUCGGUUUCGGAUCCUGAACCGGUAAUGUCAACUGGGUAGAUCCGUUUAAUCAGCCUGAGUUCAACCAUGAAAAGGGUUUACCUUUUUCUGGUUUUUGUAUACAUUUCAACUUCUCCGUGUUGCUCUCUUGUUACAAUCGAAGAAGAACGAGACAUUCUGCUUCAGUUCAAGGACAGCAUCAAUGACGAUCCUUACAACAGCUUAGCCUCUUGGACCCUCGACGGAGACAUCUGCAAUAGCUUCAACGGAGUCGCUUGUAACCCUGAAGGAUUCGUUGACAAGAUCGUCCUCUGGAAUACGAGUCUCGCCGGAAGCUUGACCCCGAGUCUCUCCGGUUUAAAGUCUAUUCGAGUUCUGACCUUGUUUGGCAACAGGUUUACAGGUAACCUACCGCUGGAUUACUCAAAGUUACAGACUUUGUGGACCAUUAACGUCAGCUCCAACGCGUUGUCCGGUCCGAUCCCUGAGUUCAUCGGUGGGUUAACUAGCUUAAGGUUUCUCGACUUGUCUAGAAACGGCUUCUCCGGUGAGAUUCCUACUUCUCUGUUUAGGUACUGCGACAAGACCAAGUUCGUGUCUUUGUCUCGUAACAACCUCUCCGGACCAAUCCCUGAUACAGUAGCGAACUGUAACAACCUCGUAGGGUUUGACUUCUCUUACAACAGUCUUAACGGAGUGCUACCGCCUGGGGUCUGUGAUAUUCCUGUGCUUGAGUAUAUCUCUGUGAGGAACAAUUUGCUCUCUGGUGAUGUCUCUGAGGAGGUGGUGAAGUGUAAGAGACUGAGCCAUGUUGACCUGGGGAGCAAUAUGUUCCAAGGGUCAGGGCCUUUUGAGGUUCUUGGGUUCGUGAACAUAACUUAUGUUAACGUCUCUUGGAACCGGUUUGGUGGGGAGAUUGGAGAGGUUGUUGGUUGUGGUCAAAGGUUGGAGUUUUUGGAUGCUUCCUCUAAUGAGUUAACCGGUGGGAUCUCUGGAGGUGUGAGUGGUUGCAAAAGUCUCAAGCUUUUGGACUUGGAGUCUAACAAGCUGAGCGGGAGUAUCCCUGGAGGUAUUGGGAAGAUGGAGAAGCUCUCGGUUGUUAGAUUAGGUGGUAACUCUAUAGAUGGGGAGGUACCAAAGGAGAUUGGAAGCUUGGAGUAUCUACAGGUUUUGAAUCUGCAUGAUCUCAACUUAGUUGGUGAGAUUCCAGAGGAUGUCUCUAAUUGCAGAUUACUUCUUGAACUGGAUGUUUCAGGGAAUGAGUUAGAAGGAGAGAUCCCUAAGAAGAUACUAAACUUAACAAACCUGGAGAUUCUUGACCUGCAUGGUAACCGCAUCAACGGAAGCAUUCCAUCUGAGCUUGGAAGCCUCUCCAGGAUCCAGUUUCUCGAUCUUUCGCAGAACUAUCUUUCAGGCUCAAUCCCUUCUUCCCUCGGUAGCUUGAAUAAGCUAACGCAUUUCAACGUCUCCCGCAACAAUCUCUCCGGUGUUAUCCCUCCUGCUCCUGUAUUACAAGCUUUUGGAGCUUCUGCAUUUGAAAACAACCCUUUGCUUUGCGGUGAUCCUCUUGUAACUACUCCCUGCAACUCACGUGGAGCCACCACAGGGAAAUCAAGAAGCUCUCAAGCUCUAAGCGUUUCGGUUAUCAUUGUCAUAGUUGCCGCAGCCGUGAUCCUCUUUGGCGUCUGUGUUGUACUCGGUUUGAACCUCAGAGCUCGUAAAAGAAGAAAAGAUGAAGAAGAAGAAGUAGUCACACUCGAAACCACUCCUCUAGCCUCUUCAAUAGACUCAAGCGGGGGUGGUGUGAUAAUAGGCAAACUCGUUCUCUUCAGCAAGAACUUGCCUUCAAAGUACGAAGACUGGGAGGCUGGCACCAAAGCUCUCCUCGACAAGGACAACAUAAUCGGAAUGGGAUCCAUUGGCUCAGUCUACAGAGCAUCUUUCGAAGGAGGAGUCUCCAUUGCAGUGAAGAAGCUCGAGACGUUAGGAAGAAUCAGAAACCAAGAAGAGUUUGAGCAAGAGCUUGGACGCCUCGGAGGUUUGCAGCAUCAGAACCUCUCUUCUUACCAAGGCUACUACUUCUCCUCGACAAUGCAGUUGAUUCUCUCUGACUUUGUCCCCAACGGUAGCCUCUAUGAUAAUCUCCACUCAAGAAUCUACCCUGGAGUAGCCAGCACGAGCCACGGCAAUAUUGAUUUGAAUUGGCACAGGAGGUUUGGGAUCGCGUUAGGAACCGCGAAAGCGCUUUCUUUCCUUCAUGAUGACUGUAAACCAGCGGUUCUUCAUCUCAACGUGAAGUCCACCAACAUUCUUCUAGACGAAAGGUACGAAGCAAAGCUAUCUGAUUAUGGUUUAGAGAAGUUUCUUCCGGUUCUGGAUAGUUUUGGUAGUAGGACCAAGAAGUUCCACAACGCGGUUGGGUACAUUGCUCCGGAGCUGGCUCAGCAGAGUUUGAAAGCGAGUGAGAAAUGCGAUGUGUAUAGCUACGGUGUGGUGCUUCUUGAGCUGGUUACGGGUAGAAAACCUGUUGAGUCUCCAUCGAGGAACCAAGUCUUGAUAUUGAGAGAUUACGUGAGGGAUAUGUUGGAGACUGGUUCGGCUUCUGAUUGUUUUGACAGAAGGUUGAGAGAGUUUGAAGAGAAUGAGCUGAUUCAGGUUAUGAAGUUAGGACUGCUUUGCACCUCGGAGAAUCCGUUGAAGAGACCGAGUAUGGCUGAGGUUGUGCAGGUUCUUGAAUCAAUCAGGAAUGGAUUUGGAUCAUGAUGAAAGCUUCUUUUUUAAAAAAUUCUUUUUGAGUAAAAAGAUUGCAUAGAAAAUGUGCAGGUUAGUAGAAAAGGUUUAAUUCUUUUGUUCACAAACUUUUUGAGAUUUUUUUACAUGUUUAACGUUUAUAACAACAAAGCA